GGGACGCUGGGGACACCGAGGACACCAGGGCCACUGGGGCCACUAGGGGCACCAGGGGCACUGAGUCCACCAGGGCCACCAGGGCCACCAGAGACAUUAGUGCCCCUGGGGCCAUCAGGAGCACCGGGGCCACCAGGGGCACCAGGGCCACCUGGGAUACUGGGGCAUGUGGACGCGGGGCGCAGGGACACAGGGAUGUGGGGACGGCCACUGCAGGGACACUGGGGAUAUUGGGGGACAUGGGGACAGUGGGGAUGGCCAGGGACGCCGGGGAGCAGGGACGUGGGGACACCAGGGACACCAGGCCAUGGAGAUGUGGGGACACCAGGGACACCAGGGCAUGGGGACAUGGGGGCACCAGGGACACCAGGGCAUGAGGACAUGGGGGCACCAGGGCACAGGGACAUGGGGACACUGGAGCACCGAGACAUGGGGACACUGGGGCACAGACACCAGGGCAUGGAGAUGUGGGGACACCAGGGCAUGAGGACAUGGGGACACUGA